UUUCUUAAUUUUUUAAUACAACUAACCAAAUUGCAAUAGCUUAAGGUGGCCACACGCCAAUACCCACUUUCCCUUUGACCAUUUCCAAAAUUCCUCGAAUAAUUCUCUCUCCAAUUUCGUCGAUCUCAAAUCCGAUAACCCAGUUCAAAUUUGAUCAAUCUUUGUAUAAUCUCAAAUACCCAUUAGUCGAAAAUGCAUGAUUUUUGCUUCACAAUCCCAUAUGGGUUUGUUCUUGUAUUGGGCGGGCUCAUCGGGUAUGCCAAGAAAGGCAGUUUGGCUUCACUUGGUGGGGGUGCUGGUGCUGGUUUAUUGCUCAUUUUAGCUGGUUAUUUGAGCCUCAAUGCUUUCAAAAAGCGCAAAAAUUCAUACUUUGCUUUGAUUCUUGAGACUGUGACUGCAACUGGACUCACAUAUGUUAUGGGACAGCGCUAUAUGGAGACAUCAAAGAUAAUGCCUGCUGGAGUAAUUGCCAUGAUCAGUGCAUUCAUGACUGCCUUUUAUGCUUACAAGGUAGCAAGUGGUGGCAACCAUUUUCCGGCCAAGGCUGAAUAAUGAUAGAUUAUACCAUUGUCAAGUUGAAAAGUUCUGUUGACUGCCCUACAGCACAUUUCUGAUGCAUACUAGUAACAUUCUUUUUCUUACAGCUACUGUGAAUCCUAGCUAUGUGUAGAGAAGUUAAGAUCUCUAUUUUGCCUGCUUUUACUUAUGUAAGAUGUAUUUGUAUUGAAAUCUGACAAAUGUAUGUGUAUCCGAGAUACUAAUUUUUCUUAGAAAUGAAAUGAUGAGUUGAUUUCUAAUUUACUACUCUUUGAUUA